GAGAAGGAGAGAGGGGCAGAGGCGAAGGGAGAGAGGGAGAGCGUGCCAGACAGGAAGGAGCGCCCUAGAGUCUCAGAAGCACGCAAGAGAUAACCAAUUAGGAAUUUUUCGGGCACCUGUCACCCCGGAGAGCACCCAGAGACUCACCAUCACCCCAACUCUGACGUUUCCUACAAGAAGUUAGAGACUUAAGCAGUACUGACAUCGGAGGGAAAUGGUAUACUUGAUGCUGUGGAAAAUACCCCUGAGCUGAAGAAGUGCCACUGGAUGUAGUGUGUGUGUUAAAUACCGGGAGAGCUCAGACCCCGUGGGUAAUAGAGACGAAAUGUGGAGAGAAUGACUAACGACAAAUCUGUGAAUUUGUUCUCUGGAGUUGCUAAUUUGCCAGCCCGAAGCAACACAUUUUACAAGAAGGAAACGUUUUGCUGCUUCUGAUUUCUCCCCAAACUGGUGCUACCAGAUGCAUGGCUUUCUAUGUGUUGGAACAGCUCAUUCCUAACUGCAGCAUACCGGGAAAGGGGAAAGGUUGAGGCAACUAACUGGCUGUCUCAAAUACGCGAUGAGAUGUAAUGCAUCCUCCCGUCCAUGCACACUUCCUUUUGCAAUUUGUGCCUCAUUCCUCAGUGGAGACCUUUAAACCCUAAAUCCAGGAAAAAGAAAAUAAAUACAUUAUCAUGGACCUGAGGGAUUUUUACCUGUUGGCUGCUCUGAUUGCCUGUUUAAGGCUGGAUUCCGCAAUAGCUCAAGAACUUAUUUACACUAUUAGAGAGGAAUUGCCUGAAAAUGUGCCCAUAGGAAACAUACCAAAGGAUCUGAACAUUUCUCACAUCAAUGCUGCCACAGGGACCAGCGCCAGCCUUGUCUACAGACUGGUUUCUAAAGCUGGGGAUGCCCCUUUGGUGAAAGUAUCCAGUAGCACUGGGGAAAUUUUCACAACCUCCAAUAGAAUAGACAGAGAAAAACUCUGUGCUGGAGCCUCUUAUGCCGAGGAGAAUGAGUGUUUCUUUGAACUUGAGGUGGUGAUCCUCCCCAAUGAUUUUUUCAGGCUGAUCAAAAUAAAAAUAAUUGUCAAGGAUACCAAUGAUAAUGCCCCCAUGUUUCCAUCGCCUGUCAUCAAUAUUUCCAUCCCAGAAAACACUUUGAUCAACAGCCGCUUUCCAAUUCCAUCAGCAACAGAUCCUGACACAGGCUUCAAUGGUGUACAGCAUUAUGAAUUGUUAAAUGGGCAGAGUGUUUUUGGACUGGAUAUCGUGGAAACUCCGGAAGGAGAAAAGUGGCCGCAAUUGAUCGUUCAGCAAAACUUGGACAGAGAACAGAAAGAUACCUAUGUGAUGAAAAUCAAGGUAGAGGAUGGAGGCACCCCACAAAAGUCCAGCACCGCCAUCCUGCAGGUCACAGUAAGUGAUGUCAAUGACAACAAGCCGGUAUUUAAAGAGGGCCAGGUGGAGGUGCACAUUCCAGAGAAUGCUCCCGUGGGCACCUCUGUGAUUCAGCUCCAUGCCACCGAUGCAGAUAUAGGCAGUAAUGCUGAAAUCCGGUACAUUUUUGGUGCCCAGGUCGCGCCUGCAACCAAAAGACUCUUUGCUUUAAAUAAUACUACUGGGCUGAUUACAGUUCAGAGGUCCUUAGACCGAGAGGAGACGGCCAUUCACAAAGUGACAGUACUGGCUAGUGAUGGCAGCUCUACCCCUGCUAGAGCAACGGUUACCAUCAAUGUCACUGAUGUAAAUGAUAACCCUCCGAACAUAGACCUCAGGUACAUUAUAAGUCCCAUCAAUGGCACCGUGUAUUUGUCUGAGAAAGAUCCUGUCAAUACAAAGAUUGCCCUCAUUACAGUUUCAGAUAAGGACACAGAUGUGAAUGGCAAAGUGAUCUGUUUUAUUGAAAGAGAGGUCCCAUUUCAUUUGAAGGCAGUAUAUGACAACCAAUAUUUGUUAGAGACCUCCUCUUUGUUGGACUAUGAGGGCACCAAAGAAUUCAGCUUUAAAAUCGUUGCCUCUGAUUCUGGGAAGCCCAGUUUAAACCAGACUGCUCUGGUAAGGGUUAAGCUUGAGGACGAAAAUGACAACCCACCAAUUUUCAACCAGCCUGUAAUUGAGCUGUCAGUUUCUGAAAACAACCGACGUGGGUUAUACUUAACAACUAUUAGUGCCACAGAUGAAGACAGUGGGAAAAAUGCAGAUAUUGUUUAUCAGCUUGGACCGAAUGCCUCCUUCUUUGAUCUGGACCGAAAGACAGGAGUUUUGACAGCCUCUAGAGUCUUUGACAGAGAAGAACAAGAAAGAUUCAUUUUUACAGUAACUGCCAGGGACAAUGGGACCCCUCCCCUCCAAAGUCAAGCGGCUGUGAUAGUUACUGUUCUGGAUGAGAAUGACAAUAGCCCCAAGUUUACUCAUAAUCAUUUUCAAUUUUUUGUGUCUGAGAAUCUGCCAAAGUAUAGUACUGUGGGGGUAAUCACAGUGACAGAUGCAGAUGCUGGAGAGAAUAAAGCUGUGACUCUUUCCAUUCUAAAUGACAAUGAUAAUUUUGUGUUGGAUCCCUAUUCUGGAGUCAUAAAGUCAAAUGUCUCAUUUGACAGAGAGCAGCAGAGUUCCUACACUUUUGAUGUCAAAGCGACUGAUGGGGGACAACCACCCCGUUCCUCUACUGCAAAAGUAACUAUAAAUGUCAUGGAUGUCAAUGACAAUAGCCCUGUUGUUAUUUCACCACCUUCUAAUACUUCUUUUAAGUUGGUGCCUCUCUCAGCCAUUCCUGGCUCAGUGGUAGCAGAAGUUUUUGCGGUGGAUAUUGACACUGGGAUGAACGCUGAACUUAAGUAUACAAUUGUAAGUGGUAACAACAAAGGCUUGUUUCGGAUUGAUCCGGUAACAGGUAACAUCACCCUGGAAGAAAAACCAGCACCAACUGAUGUGGGUUUGCACCGAUUGGUGGUCAACAUAAGUGACUUGGGUUACCCCAAGUCUCUACACACACUUGUACUUGUUUUCCUUUAUGUUAAUGACACCGCGGGCAACGCUUCCUAUAUCUAUGACUUGAUUCGCAGGACUAUGGAGACCCCAUUGGACAGAAACAUAGGGGAUAGCAGCCAACCCUAUCAAAACGAGGACUAUCUCACCAUCAUGAUCGCCAUCGUCGCGGGCGCCAUGGUGGUCAUCGUCGUGAUCUUUGUCACCGUGCUGGUGCGCUGUCGCCACGCAUCAAGAUUCAAAGCAGCUCAAAGGAGCAAGCAAGGUGCCGAAUGGAUGUCCCCAAACCAGGAGAACAAACAGAACAAGAAGAAGAAAAGGAAGAAAAGAAAAUCUCCCAAGAGCUCUCUUUUGAACUUUGUUACCAUCGAAGAGUCCAAGCCCGACGAUGCAGUUCACGAACCCAUCAAUGGGACGAUAAGCCUGCCGGCUGAGCUGGAGGAGCAGGGCAUAGGAAGAUUUGACUGGGGCCCGGCACCUCCAACCACCUUCAAGCCGAACAGCCCUGACCUGGCCAAGCACUACAAAUCUGCUUCUCCACAGCCCGCUUUCCAUCUUAAACCAGACACUCCGGUUUCGGUGAAGAAGCAUCACGUGAUUCAGGAGCUCCCGUUGGACAACACCUUUGUCGGGGGUUGUGACACCCUUUCCAAACGCUCUUCCACUAGUUCAGAUCACUUCAGUGCCUCAGAGUGCAGUUCCCAAGGAGGCUUCAAGACAAAGGGCCCCUUACACACCAGACAGUGUAACUCACACAACAAAAGUGACAAUAUUCCUGUCACUCCUCAGAAAUGUCCAAGCUCUGCGGGUUUCCAUAUUCAGGAGAAUGAAGAAGGCCAUUACGAGUCGCAGCGCCGGGUUACCUUUCACCUCCCCGACGGCUCCCAGGAAAGCUGCAGUGAUAGUGGUCUAGGAGACCACGAGCCGGUGGGUAGUGGAGCCCUGAUCUCACACCCUCUUCCUCUGGUUCAGCCGCAGGACGAAUUCUACGACCAGGCCUCUCCGGACAAGAGGACCGAGGCAGACGGCAACUCUGACCCCAACUCUGAUGGGCCUCUGGGCCCCCGAGGAUUAGCUGAAGCCACAGAGAUGUGCACUCAAGAGUGCUUGGUUUUGGGUCACUCUGAUAAUUGCUGGAUGCCUCCUGGCUUGGGCCCAUAUCAACACCCUAAAUCUCCUCUCUCAACCUUUGCACCCCAAAAAGAAUGGAUCAAGAAGGACAAGCUUGUGAAUGGGCACACCCUGACCAGAGCCUGGAAAGAAGAGAGCAACAGGAACCAGUUCAAUGACCGUAAGCAGUAUGUCUCCACUGAAGGCCAUUUCAACAAUGGCAGCCACAUGACAGACAUUCCUUUGGCAAAUCUGAAGUCUUAUAAGCAAGCAGGAGGUGCUAUUGAGAGUCCUAAGGAGCACCAACUCUAAAGAAAAAGGCCAUAUGGGACCUAAGGACUUUAAUCUAAAUAGACAUGCUAAUACCGUGUGUGUCAGAGCUUUAUGUAUUCAAUAGAUCUCUACAACUAUGCCCCUUAGAGCAGGGAUACCCAUAAUUUUGUGUUGGCACCAUGGAGGAUACAAUGUUUUAUCACAUAAGAGAGAAGAUAGUCCUACUAGCCAUAUGAUCUUAUUUACUAGGAUUGAUUAAACUUUCCAGAAGUAUCUCCAUUGUGCAAAUAUCUUUUUUUAAAUUGCAUUUUAUUUUGACCCUGGACUGCUGCUAUGAAUAAUAGAAUAUGCAUUUGGAGAGUAAGGAAGUUCCAUGGAUUAGAGUGACUGACAGACAUAUCCAGUUAGAAAAUUGUGCUCUUUUUGUCACUGAUCUGUGCUGAGACUGCUAUACUUGACAUUAUACUUCAAACAGAACUUAAAAAGAUAAGCAUUAAACCUAUUGUGCUGUUAACAACAUUA